CCGAUUGCGAGGCUUGGCAACCCUUCUUGGCGUAUUCUUUUGCUUUGCUUUUUUCCGCUGGCCGGCUAAAUUGUUUAUAGAUAAUUGUUUAUUCGGCUCCAAAUCGCACGAAGUCAUGACCAGCAACGAGCCCGGUGGCGGAAACCUGAUGGACGAGUUCGAGGAGGCCUUUCAGUCCUGCCUGCUGUCCCUGACCAAACAGGAGCCGAAUUCCGGAACGAACAAGGAGGAGAUUGAGCUGGAGGUCCAGAAGACAACCAAUCGCUUCAUCGACGUGGCCCGUCAAAUGGAGGCAUUCUUCCUGCAGAAGCGUUUCCUCGUCUCCACCCUAAAGCCCUACAUGCUGAUCAAGGACGAGAACCAGGACCUGAGCAUCGAGAUUCAGCGCAAGGAAGCGCUGCUGCAGAAGCACUACAACCGCCUGGAAGAGUGGAAGGCCUGCCUCUCGGACAUCCAGCAGGGUGUCCACAGUCGCCCGACGCCGCCCAUCGGAGCCGGAAUGCUGCAAGGUCCUGGAGGCGGAAUGUCACCCAUGGGUGGAGUACCCCCGCGUCCGGGAAUGAUGCCAGGGAUUCCACCAGGAGCUAUGCAGCCCGGUGGACCCAUGCAACCCAGUCCACAGCACAUGCUGCAGGCUCAGCAGAUGCAGCAACUGCGAAUGAUGGGAAAGCUGCCGCCAAAAUAAGCGGGAAAAGAUUCGUUUUAGUUUGUAAUUUUGUAUAGAUUUGAUUUAGUCUACGUGUAUCUCUCGUGUAGUUAAAUAAACUGAUUAUGUAUCCUUGAAA